AUGUCAUCUUCAAGUCAAUUACAAACGCUUUCCAAAGAUGAACUAAUAGAAAAAGUGUUGGAAUUAGAAGCAGUUUUAAAUGAAUUUCAAGAUUCCUCAAAAGAAUUAGAAAGAGCAUUAGAAGAUGAAUUACUUGAAUUGGAAAAUAUCAAAAGUCAAAUUUCCCAACAAUUAGAUGUCAAAAAACAAGAAUUGGCUCAAGCCAAUACCAAGAUCAUCAAUCUUACAUCGGAAUUAAAUACUUUACAUGAAUCAACUAACACUAAACUUUAUGAAAAAGAUGAGAUCAUCCAUAAUCUAACGUCACAAUUAGUUAAAACGGAAAUUAUGAAUGAUUCAAUGGAAAAUGAAGAUAGAAUAAAGACAAAUAAAUAUGAAGAUCAACAAAAAUUCAAUAAUCAACUUUUAGAAAAACUAGCCUUAUUAGAGAGUGAUUAUGAACGAGAAAAGAAACUUAAUAUUGAGAAACAAUUAUAUAUAACUAAUUAUCAAAAUCACAUCAAAGAUCUUAAUAGAAAGAUUGAGGUUUUAGAGAAUAAAGUUGAAAAUAAUCCCCAACAACAACAACAACAACAAGCCGACGCACUGAUGAUCAGUUUUAAAGAAAUGCUUAAAUCAACGCCACCUCCAAAUAAAAUAAGAGAUAAUGAAAAUCAAAAACAAUCUAAUAUAAAGAAAUCCGAUUCAUUGAGGAAACUUAAAAAUUUGACAACGGAUAUUGAAGCCUUUUUAGGCAAUUUUUCUUUAUCUUCAAAUAAAAAAUCCCCCAGUCCUAAACCUUCAUCGAAAAUAUUGAAAUCACCAUCAACUACACAAUUAGAUACUUCAAUUACUACUGAUAGAUCUCAUAAUAAUGAUGGAACCAUUACCACAAAGGAUAAAAGACUAACGUAUAGUAAAAGAUUUCUGGAUUUACCUUCUAUUAGAGGUUCUCCAACACCAUCAAAAAGGAGUAAUAUAGAGAAAUCCAAGUCUAUGAAACAUUUAAGAAUGUAA